UUCUAUAUAAACAUAGUAAAAGUUGACGAAGGUAGAAUACAUUUAUUCUGAGAGAAGAAGGAAAAACAAAAGAAAGAUGAAGACCAUUAUCCUUUUUGUAACAUUUCUUGCUCUUUCUUCUUCAUAUCUAGCAGAUGAGACAGAUACUGAAUUUCAUUACAAACCCGGUGAGUUAGCCGAUCCCUCGAAAUGGGGCACUAUCAAGCCUGAAUGGAAAAUUUGUGGGACAGGGAAGAAGCAAUCGCCAAUCGAUCUUUCUCCAAAAAUAGCACGCAUUAUCCACAACUCUACAGAGAUUCUUCAGACAUAUUACAAACCAGUGGAGGCUAUUCUUAAGAACCGUGGAUUCGACAUGAAGGUUAAAUGGGAAGACGACGCAGGGAAGAUCGUGAUCAAUAAUACUGACUAUAAAUUGAUUCAAAGCCACUGGCACGCACCUUCAGAGCAUUUUCUGAAUGGAGAGAAAUUUGCCAUGGAACUUCACAUGGUACACAAAAGUGCAGAAGGACACUUGGCAGUUAUAGGGGUUCUCUUCAGAGAAGGUGCACCAAAUGCUUUCAUUUCACGGAUAAUGGACAAGAUCAAUAAGAUCGCAGACAUACAAGAUGGAGAGGUCAGCAUUGGAAAGAUAGAUCCAAGAGAAUUUGGAUGGGAUCUUACAAAAUUUUAUGAAUACAGAGGUUCGCUCACCACCCCUCCUUGCACAGAAGAUGUCAUGUGGACCAUCAUCAACAAGGUGGGGACUGUUUCAAGUCAGCAAAUUGAUAUGCUGACCGAUGCUCGUCGCGGUGGUUAUGAGAUGAAUGCAAGACCGCCUCAGCCGCUGAACGGACGUCUGGUUUAUUUAAAUGAGCAGUCCACUCCAAGUCCAACACUAAAUAUACCACGAGUUGGUCAGUACUGA